GAGUGAAGUAUGUAGGGAAAACUUCUCAAGCUGUGACAAAGGAUUGUAACUUGCUCUUUGCCAGUUGACUAGCAGCUGGGUUGUACAUCUCCUACCACUGGAAAAGGAUGUCUCUUUUGUCCAUUGGCAUUGUCCUAAGCAUCCUUCACCUUGGCUCUAGCCAAUUUCCUCGGGCAUGUGCCAAUUCAGACAGUCUGCUGAGUAAGGAGUGCUGCCCGCCUUGGCCUGGCGAUGGUUCCCCUUGCGGUGAGCUUUCAGGUCGGGGAUCCUGCCGAGAGAUCCUUCUUUCCAAUGCCCCUCUUGGUCCUCAGUUCCCCUUCUCCGGAGUGGACGAUAGGGAAGACUGGCCCGUGGUCUUCUACAACAGGACGUGCCAAUGUUCCGGCAACUUCAUGGGGUUCAGCUGCGGCGACUGCAAGUUCAACUUCGUGGGUCCCGGCUGCACUGAAAGGAAGCUGCGGGUGAGGAGGGACAUCUUCCGGCUGAGCUCCCAGGAAAAGUAUCAGUUCCUCGCCUACCUCAACCUUGCCAAGCACACAACCAGCCGGGAUUUCGUCAUCGCCACAGGAACGUACGCUCAGAUGAACAACGGCUCGACUCCCAUGUUCCGAGACAUCAACCUGUAUGACCUCUUUGUCUGGAUGCAUUAUUACGUGUCUCGGGACACACUGCUUGGAGGCACCGAUGUGUGGCGGGACAUUGAUUUUGCGCAUGAGGCCCCUGGUUUCCUUCCUUGGCAUCGGGUUUUUUUGCUCAUGUGGGAACAUGAGAUCCAGAAGCUCACUGGGAAUGAGAACUUCACCAUCCCCUACUGGGACUGGCGAGAUGCCCAGGACUGCGACAUCUGUACGGAUGAGUACAUGGGUGGCAGGCACCACAGCAACCCAAAUUUGCUGAGCCCAGCCUCUUUCUUCGCUUCGUGGCAGGUAAUUUGCAGCCAAUCAGAUGAGUACAACAGCCGCCGAGAACUUUGCAAUGGCACGAAUGAGGGGCCUAUUCUUCGAAACCCUGGGAAUCAUGAUAAAGACAGGACACCUCGGUUACCAUCUUCAGCAGACGUUGAAUUCUGCUUAAGUCUGACGCAGUAUGAAGCAGGUACAAUGGACAAAAUGGCCAACUUCAGCUUCAGGAACACUUUAGAAGGCUUUGCAAAUCCAAGCACGGCAAUAUCGAAUGUUUCUCAAAGCAGUUUGCAUAAUGCUUUGCACAUCUACAUGAACGGCUCAAUGUCCCAGGUGCAAGGUUCAGCUAAUGACCCUAUCUUCAUCCUACACCACGCUUUCGUUGACAGCAUUUUUGAACAGUGGCUCAGAAGAUACCAACCCCUGCGUGAGGUUUACCCUGCAGCCAAUGCGCCGAUCGGACACAACCGCGAAUACUACAUGGUUCCCUUCAUCCCCCUUUACAGGAAUGGGGAAUUCUUCAUUCCAUCAAGAGAACUGGGAUACGACUACGAGUAUCUAAUAGAACCAGCCAACCCCUUCCAGAAUUUUUUUGUGCCAUACCUGGAACAAGCCCGUCAGAUCUGGCCGUGGCUGGUGGGAGCCGUGGUGGUCGGUGCCGUGGUCACCCUGAUCAUCGGACUCCUCGUCGCUCUAGCAUGCCGGAAGAAGAAAAGAAUCUCAGAGGAGACGCAACCUUUGCUCAUGGAGAGCGAAGACUAUCAGCAUGUGAUGUACCAGUCGCACUUAUAACCGCCACCAAUCGCCCAUGUUUCGGGUCAGACCCCACGUGAUGUGGGUGAUCUGAGCUCUGAG